CUCGACCUGCUGGUAUGGCGUCCUGGUCGUUUUCUGAAGCCAGAAAAAGCAAGCAAGACCGGCGAGCGGGCAAGGAGGGAGGGAGGGUGGAAAUUUUGGAAGAAAAUAACAACAGUAAGAGAUAGUACAGGUCCAUCCCUUCUUUUUUAUCGCGUCACCUGCAAAAUAUGGACAUUUCAGAUGGCUGUUAUCAUCUCUCCUCUGCGUACAAGAUUCCCUUCCUCGUUCUCUUCCUCUCCCUCUCUCUUUUCAAUAAAAUAAUAUUUAUCAUUUUCUCAUUAUUAUAAUACAUCUUCAAUCCCUUCUGUCCCUGAUCUAAAACCCACCAGCUCCCCCGCCGAAGGGUUUCUCUCUCCCUCUCUCUCUUGCAUGCCCUUAACAGAGGGGGAAAAGAGAAGCGCGUGCAUAAAUCCCAUGGAUCUGCUUAGGGCUUUUCUAGGGUUUUAGCCACUACCCAUAUCAAUUAUCUCCAGGAAGGUGCGAAAAAGAAGAACCUUUCAUACUCUUCCACCUCCUUAGAGGGAUCCUUUUGGAGCGUCAAAAGUAAAUCACCAUCCUCAAAAACACCCACCUUUUCUCUUCCUCUGGUGGCUUCUCCACUGCCCGACCUUUUCACCUCUUACGAACCUUUUUCAUCCCCACCUUUUCCCUUUCCAGAGCAGAAAGCAAAGCCGGGCAGUAAUUUCCCCGCUCCGGGCUCUUCUCGAUCCCCUGCCUCUUCAGAAACCCGACCUUUUCCCCCUCCCCUUUUCCCAAAACCUGAAUUUUCUUGGGAUUUCUCGGGGAGGAAAAGCGACUCUCGAACUUUUCACCGUCGGUGAAAAGGCGAAAAACGAAUCAGGCCUUCGUUUUUCACUCCCCGUUGAUUCACCCGAGGGUCAAAAACUACCGGUGGCGGUAUAUGAUGUCAAUGCCACUAGAGGGGCAGCCGAAUGUAAUUCAGCAGCAGGCGUACUCUCCCCGCUCCAGCAGCGGCUCCAUCGGUCCGGUGAUCGGCGUCCUCGCCGUGAUCGCCGUCUUGGGAGUGGUGGCUGCCAUAAUCGGCCGGCUUUGCUCGGGCAGGAGGUUCAUCGGAGACCGCCGGUUCGACUUCGAAGGUUGGGUCGAGCGCAAGUGCGCCUCAUGUAUCGAUGGUAGGGUCGACAAUUCUGGUGCAGGCGGUGGUGGCGGAUUCGGCGGCGGAAGUUCCGGUGGUGGUGGCAAUCCGGCCACCGUGACGGUGGAGGCCACGCCUGAGUCUAAGCCUCCCACUGCGUCGGACUCUAACUCUGCUUCAUCGGUCUGAGUUUUCCCUUUUUUUUCUUUUUUUUUUUGCAAUUUCAUAAUUUUCCCAUCUUUUUUUGUUGAGCUGCGUCAUUCCCCUCCCUCUUUUUCCUCUUCGUAAAUUAUAAUUCUAGUAAUGAGCUUCUUUUCCUCUC